AUGCACAUCAAGAAGAUCAUCAUCCAGGGCUUCAAGACGUACAAGAAUGCCACGGUUAUAGAUCUCGUGUCUCCACACCACAAUGUUGUGGUGGGACGAAAUGGGUCUGGAAAAUCCAAUUUUUUCGCCGCGAUCAGAUUCGUAUUAUCCGACGACUACACCCAUAUGGGCCGGGAAGAAAGACAGGCGUUGAUCCACGAGGGCUCCGGAACUGUGAUGUCAGCAUAUGUAGAGAUUGUAUUCGACAAUCGCGAUGGCAGAAUUCCUCUUAACAGAAACGAAGUAGUAAUCAGAAGAACUAUCGGUUUGAAGAAGGACGAUUACGCGUUGGAUGGAAAAUCAGCUACGCGUUCUGAUAUCCUCAAUCUUUUGGAAAGCGCAGGGUUUUCGAGAUCAAACCCCUACUAUAUAGUUCCGCAGGGAAGGAUUACCAGUUUGACCAAUGCCAAGGAUUCGGAUAGACUCGUCUUGUUGAAAGAAGUCAGUGGAGCCACAGUGUUUGAAAACAAGCUCAAGGAAUCCGAAAAGGAAAUGAAUAACUCCACUUAUAAAAAGCAGCGUAUUGAUGAAACUCUUGCUUCCAUCGACGAAAGAUUGUCGGAUUUACAGAUCGAAUCAGCCGACUUGAAGAAAUUUCAAAGUUUGGAUAAAUCCAAGAAGAUCUUGGAAUAUAAUUUGUUUGACCGUGAGUUCACGGACUUGAAGACCUCCAUAGACGAAACUGACGAAACAUACAACGAACUUUUGACAGAAUCGCAACAAGAUCUCCAGGAUCUAGAUAAUCGUGAAAAGUUAUGUCAGCAGUUAUCUGACACAAUUAACGACUUAAAGAUCUCUAUAAAGGUAUCGCAAUUGAAUAAGGAGCAGUCUGAUUUGGAUUACAACCAGAUGUUGAAAAUAGUAGCAGAGAAGGAAGUCAAACUAAGCGACUUGAAAUCUACGCUCCAUUCGUCGCGUCAUAAUGUGGAAGAAGUGAACCGCCAAAUUGUAAAGUACAGACAGGUGAUUGCAGAACACGAAUCCAAGGUAUCUAGCUUGAAACCCCAGUUAGAUAGCUUGCAAGGAAGAGAACGUGAAUACAAGGAAAAAUUGGUAGAUUUAACUUCUAAACAAAGAGCUUUAUAUUCUAAACAGAAUAGAUUUCUGAAGUUCAAGACCAAAAGAGAGAGAGAUACGUGGUUAACGACAGAAAUAUCGACUCUUAAGAAGCAGCUUCAAUCUAAGGAAACCGAUAUCAGUCAGUUGAAUUCAGAAAUCAAGAACCAGGAAAGUGAUAUCAGUGGAUGGAAUACUCAGAUUGAUAAGUUAAAUGGACAACUCCACGACGGAUCCCAUUCCAAUUCAAUCCACAAAUUGAAGACCACUGUAGGUGAUUUGAAACUGCAAAUCAAUGAGCUCAACGAUAGGCGUAAGCUCUUGUGGCGUGAUGAAAUUAGAUUCAGAAGUAUCUAUGAUUCCAUCAAUAAUGACUUAAACAAUGCCAAUAACAUGGUCAAUCUGACUAUGGAUAGAGCACAGGCCCAAGGACUUGCUGCUGUGAAAACUAUUGCUGUCAACUUGAACUUGACUGAGAACGUUUAUGGUCCAUUGGCUUCGUUAUUCAGUGUCAGCGACAAAUACAAGGUAGCUGCUGAAGUAAUUGCAGGAAACUCUUUGUUCCAUGUAGUUGUUGACAAUGAUAACACGGCAUCGUUGAUAAUGAACGAGCUUGCAAGAUCCAAAGCAGGAAGAGUAACUUUCAUUCCGCUCAAUAGAAUUGACUUCUCACCAAUUGAGUUCCCAGAUAGCAAUGAGCAUCAAUGUAUUCCAUUGAUAAAGAAAUUGAAAUUCAAUGAAAACGUUAGUAAAGCUAUUCAUCAAGUUUUUGGCAAGACCAUCGUUGUAGGUGACUUACCAACAGGAGCAGAAUUAGUUAGAUCGUACAAUGUUUCUGCUAUCACAUUGGAUGGUGACAGAGCUGAUAGAAGAGGAGUCUUGACAGGUGGUUUCAGAGAUUAUAAAAGGUCGAGAAUAGACGCAUUGAAAAUACAAGCAAAAAAGAAGGUUGACUUAGAAAAGAUUGAAUCUGAAUUGCAAGAAUGUGUCAAGGAAAUUGAGCUGGUCAAUCAGAAUAUUACAUCUUUGAAUAAUGAAUAUCAACUCAGUGUCCGUGAUUUGGACCGAUUGCAGCAGGGACAAGAACCAAUUAAGAUUGAAUUAUCUCAAUUGUCCAACAAGAAGUUUAAUGUCGAACAAGAAUUGAAUAGUCUAAGAUACAACGUUAGCAACGCCCAAGCAACAAGAAGUACGUUGUUGAUCAAAAUUAAACAGCAUGAAGGUGAAUUGGAUAAUAAUUUCACUCAAUCAUUGAGCGAUGAGGAACUUCAAACCUUGGAGGACUUAACUAGUCAAAUAAAAGACGUGGAAGCGCAAUUGGACAAGGUCGUCACUCAGUUGUCUGAUUCAGAAACCCAGAUUUCUGCCUUGGAUUCGGCGAUGCUUAAUGAUUACAAGCCAACUUUGUCGAAGCUUCUUAAACAGAGUACUCUGUUUGGUGAUAGUAAUACAAACGACGAAGAAGUAAGGUCACUUGAAAAGGAAAUUAAAAAUUUGCAAGUGGAAUUGCAUUCUAUUCAGAUAAGAAAUGAAUCUGCCACACAAGAAUUCGAUAGAAUCAGUAAGGAAAUCGCAGAUAGUGAAAAUUCAUUGAAGAAAGCAAAUGCUCAACAGCUUAUUCUAAUCAAGAAAUUGGAGAAGUUCUCGAAGUCUUCCGAACAAAUCUUGAACAGAAAGGCGAUUUUGACAAACAGACGUGAAGAAAUUCAUAAAAAGAUCAAGGAAUUGGGUGUUUUACCUGAAGAAGCUUUUCAGGCGUCGAACUACGAUCAAUACAACUCAGAUCAAUUGUUAGAAAAGUUGAACAAAGUCAAUGAAGACUUAUCCAAAUACUCUCAUAUUAACAAAAAGGCAAUGGAACAGUACAAUACGUUCACGAAACAGAGAGACGAUUUGGUCAAAAGAAGGGAGGAAUUGGAUACUUCUCGUGAGUCCAUC